AUAUUUAUAUAUAUGUACACGUCUGCUCUUUCUUCUUUUGUGUUUGUUCAUUUCCUCGGUUCGUCUCUGUAAGUCUUUCUAUUGUGCCGUUGUCCAUCUCCGAGAUUUUCACUUGUGACUCUGUCUGUGUGUUUGGCCUUUAGUUAAUCCUUUCUGCCUCAGCUGGGCUCGGGAGAAAACCUCAAAUCACUGUUACACACCCUCCUCCCCCUCCGACAGUCACCUCUCUCUCACUCUCAGGUUUGUUUUCUAUCUGACUUUUUUCUCCCUUAUUCAACAUCGUUCUCUUUCACUUUUUCAUUCACACUCGGUCUUUUUUGGCCUGUGGCCCAUUUCUUUCUCCAUUCCUUCCCCGUUUUUUGGACCGUGCCUCUUUUGUGCCCAUGUCUGCCCAUGAGUGCUUGAAAUAUUGAUGUGGGUGGUUCUCGCCGUUCCUCUGUUUAGUCAUAAUAAGGACGGUCGAUAGAGGAUUGGAAACAAAACAAAAAAAUAGUUUUUUUUGCACUUCUACUGGAUUGCAAACGGGAACACUUGCGGCACACGGCACAAACAAAAACAUUGGCAGAAAAGAAAAAGCAGCUGCCACAGAGUAGACGCGCAGAGGGAGCGCAUGAAAGCUGAGACGACCUUCAAGUGAACAAUGCACAUGGUUGUGUAACAUCAAUGAGGAGGAGGUGAUGGAAGAUGGCUGAGGAUUUAGCCUUCAGAUCCGAAUGUGGACGAGGGGUCAGGAGGUAGAGCGGGUCGUCCUCUAAUCAGAAGGAAGUGACAAGCGUCCACACCUCCCCAUCCAAAAGAGCGAUGUCCAGUAGCAGUCUCACGCAGGCUGACGAGACGGCAGAUCAGAGCAUGGCCUCACCUCCGGACGCCGCUCUCUCUGCAGACAGCCCAGGUAGAUCCAGGUCAGGACUUCCCGAGGACUGGGCCCUGAGCGCCGAGGACCCGGAGGCAGAGCCGGUGUCGGUGAAAGAGCGUCUGGCGAUGUAUCAGGCUGCCGUGUCCAAGAAAGAAACCAGCAGUUCCUCCUCUGCGGCGAUGAUGGAUGAGUCGGAGGCGUGUUCGCUGCCUGGUGGCCUGGCCAGCGUGAAGAGACAGUUUGAGAACCAGGAGUUUACGUCCUCGUCCUCCCAGUCCAGCGUCACCCAGAUUCAUUUCCAACAGAAAUCUGUCCAGGAAGUGUCAAGCUCCUCGCAGGUGACGGUGAGAAGCAGUGCCAGGGAGGUCGUCCCCGCCACAGCCCUCCUUCACAGUCAACAAGAGGUGGUCCACGAUCAGAGAGUCCACCAUAACAAUGUGGCUGGCAGUUACGGGAACCAUUACAAUGAAACAGUUAUGCUCGUCGGAGGAGAGGACCUACCAAAGGUUUCCACUCAGGCUUUGAAGCAGCAGUAUGAAAAAACGAUUGAGGAAGCUGCACCAGCCAAGGAAAUUAAGGUUGAUGUGGAUGUCAGCCAGUUUCAAUGGGUACCAAUAAACCAGUCCUCCAAAGCUUCAGCAAUGACGAGCUACGACACUUCCUCCACGGUAAAGACUGCCUCUGCCUCAUCAGUAACGUCCGCCUCGUCGGCGGCUUAUGAGGCGGCAGAUCGCUUCCCUCCCCCGCCCUCAAACCUGGUGCAGGUGUCGCAGGAAGUCCCCGAGUACGAGUACACUUCCCAGGUUCAGGAGUCAUCCUCCCAGAGUAAGUGCGCCGUCAACAAGGAACAAUAUUUUAAACACAAGAGCAUGGCUGAGCUGAAGCGCCUCUACAAGCACAUUCAUCCGGAGGUCCGCAAGAACCUCGAGGCCGACUUCUUGAGUCAGCUCACCGACGCGGAAAGGAAAGACCUGGAGAGCGAAGAAAUGAUGGGCGACGUCCAGCAGGCGCGCUACAUUUUCGAAAACGACGGCAACGGUUCGAGUAGGUGCUCGAGCCCCGACGGAGAGUACGUGGAGUGGGAGGAGAUCCUGAAAGGCGAAGUGCAGUCCAUGCGGUGGAUGUUCGAAAACAAGCCGCUAGACACGAUCAAAGAUGACACGCCAGAUGAGGAUGAGGUGAGGAAUAUCGCCCAGCAGGAAAUCAUUGCUGGUAAAGAUGUCAGAUACACAGCUUGGAUGUUCGAGACUCAGCCCAUGGACGCUCUUGGGACAGAGACUCCUAAUUCAGCUGAGCAGUCACAAAAAUCGAUAGAUCUCGCAAGAGGAGAUGUCCGCACCGCUACGUGGCUUUUUGAGACGCAGCCUCUCGAUUAUUUGAACAAGAUCUACCAAGAGGACGAGCAGGAGGCGGACGCCGUCGUCACCAGAGACAUCACCGGAGGAGAUGUCAAAACCGCCAGGUAUCUCUUUGAGACCCAGCAUCUGGAUUCCCUCGGCAAAACAGAAACCAUCGAGGAGAGCCACUUCCUGAACCUGAAGUCGGAGCUGGAGGAGAUCAAGGGGGAUGUGAAGACGACCACUCGCAUGUUUGAGACCCAGCCCAUGUGUGUCAUCAGGGGGGAUUCGGGAGAGAUCCUGGAGAUCACCACCAUCCGCAGGGAGGAGACCGAGGAGAAAGGAGACGUGAAGACGUCACGGUGGAUGUUUGAAACCCAGCCCCUGGAUAUGAUCAACAAAGACCCUGCUCAGGUAAAGCUGAUAUGUGGUAUUUCAAUGGAGGACAACACUCAAGGCGGCGUGAACAAAGGCAGAUGGCUUUUCGAGACGAAGACGCUUGACACCAUUAAGGACGAGGAAUGGGAGAGCUCCAGGAAGCAAAGGGAGGAGAUAAUUGGAGCUGAUGUAAGGAAACACUGUUUGAUUUUUGAGACGCAGCCGAUGGAUACUCUGAAAGACAACGCCAAUGCUCAAAAUUUACCCUGCGAGGAGAUUGUUGGCGGCGAUGUUCAGUCCGCAAAACAUCUGUUUGAAACGGUACCCAUGGAGAACCUGAAAGAACUGCUUGAAGUGGGAAAACUGACGAAAAUGGUUGCAUCCGAGGAAGAAAAGGGCGACGUGAGGCAUCAGAAGUGGGUCUUUGAAAGCCAGCCGCUGGAGAACAUAAGGGAGGAGAAGAAGGAGAUCACAAGGACUGUGAACAUCGAAGCUCUCGACAAAGGAGACGUGACAAACUAUAAAGAAAGGUUUGAAACUAUGGAUUUAAGCAAGUGUGAAGGCGCACAAAAAAUCCAAGUUGAAGGUGUCACGAGCGGAUCCGUCAAAUCCAAUAGAGUUCUUUUCGAAUCUACCCCGAUGUAUGCCGUGCAGGACAGCGCCGGCCAUUACCACGAGGUGAAGACCGUGAGGCGGGAGGAGAUCGUGAAGGGCGACGUGCGCAGCUGCAGGUGGAUGUUUGAGACGCGUCCUAUUGACGAGUUCGACGACAGCAUCAAUAAGUUUCAGAUCAUCAAAGGUAUAUCCAAACAGGAGAUCGAGUCCGGGGACGUCAAAACAGCCAAGUGGUUGUUUGAAACGCAGCCGCUCGAUGCCAUUAAAUUUUUCAGCAGCUGUGAAGAUGAAGAACGUAAAACUGAGGAGGGUGUCGAAAUAGAAAAGGGAGACGUGAAGACUUGCAGGUGGCUGUUUGAGACUCAGCCGAUGGAUGUCCUGUAUGAAAAGGUGGAGAAGAGCGAGACUGACGUCGAGGAAGUGCAGAAAGGCGACGUCAAAACGUGCACGUGGCUCUUCGAGACCCAGACGCUCGACAACAUACGUGAUCACACCGAGUCUGAGUCGGAAACCAUUCUGAAGACCUGCACCGUAAACCAAGAAGACAUCCAGGGAAAAGACGUGCGACUGGCUCGCUUCCUCUUUGAAACGGAGAAUCUCGAAAACAUCACGGGAGACGACGGCAGCUCUUUCCGGAGGGUCACCGAAAUCGACGUCCAGUCGGGCGACGUUUCGAGGAUGAAGUACAUCUUCGAGAAUCGCUCCUCGGACAUCAUGACCUCCACCUCUGAGGAAAUGAUGCAGAGGCUGAAGACGCAGCAGGCCGAGGACAUCCAGAAGGGAAACGUCGGCAACUGCACCUGGAUGUUUGAGAACCAGCCGAUUGAUGCCAUCCGCGAUGACGUCACAGAGGCGAGGGAAACCCGCACCGUGACCGACGUUCAGGGGGGUGACGUUGACAAAGGCCGAUUCAUCUUCGAGACGUUCUCUCUGGAUCAGAUCAAAGAGGAAUCCUCUGAGACUGAUAUUUCAAAACUCACAAGUAUCUUUCGAGAUGAAGUGGAAAGGGGAGAUGUGAAAAAUUACACUAUGAUGUUUGAAACUCAGCCGCUGUACGCCAUCCGUGACAAGGAGGGCCAUUAUCAUGAAGUGACUACAGUCACCAAAGAAGAAGUCAUGAGGGGAGAUGUGGUGGGGGCCCGAUGGUUGUUUGAAACAAAGCCGCUGGAUUCAAUUAGAGACUCAGAGGAGGUCUACGUUAUUAAAGCUGUGACUGAGGAAGGCGUCAACAAAGGAGACGUUAGCUCUGCCAGAUGGAAGUUUGAAACGCAACCUUUGGAUGAAAUUACAGAAGAAAUAAAAGAGAGAUCAAAAACAGUCGCCGAUAUCCAAGGCGGUGACGUGAAGACGAACAAGCAGCGGUUUGAAACCGAUGAGAUGUCUCAAAAGUACAUCAGGACCGUCAGCGUGAGCGAGAUCCAAAAGGGCGAUGUCAGAUCCGCCACUUGGAUGUUUGAAACCCGCACCAUUGAUGAGAUCCACGGAGAAGGCGCCGAGUACGACGGCAUGGAGAGAGUAACAAAGGAGGAAGUAAUGAAAGGGGAUGUCAAACAGUCAGUGUGGCUCUUUGAGAAACAGCCGCUCGACAGCAUCAAAGAGACGGAUGACACGGAGCUCGUUGUGACAAAGGAGGAGAUUCCACAGGCCGACGUGAAGUCGACGACGUGGCUAUUUGAAAGCACCCCGUUCCACGAGUUCAACGAGAGCAGCAUGGAAAAGACGGAAAUAAUAGGCAAAAGUAUCAAAGAGACGCUUGAGGAGCUUUACUGUCAGAAAAUGGUGGACUCGCAAGGGAUCCUCAUCGAGACGGAUGAGAUCGGUGACGUCCGCAUGGCGAAGUAUAAACUCAUGAACCAGGAGGCUCCUCAGAUCCAGAAAGAAGAGAUCAUCAGAGGGGAUCUGAGCAACAUAAUGAUGAACCUCCUGAACCGCAGGGAGGCCACGGAGAGGGGGAUAACCAUCGACCAGGAGGAGCGGGGCAACAUCAACACCACCGUGAAGCAGUUAUUCAACCAGGAGAAGGGAAUCAAUGUCGAAAAAGAGGAAAUUAUCCGCGGUGACAUUCAAGAGGCAAUAAACAAUCUGCUCAAGGAUGAAGGCUCCUCCAAGCGUGGCAUUCUGAUUCAAGAGGACGAGAAAGGAGACGUGAGGCUGACGAUCUACUCCCUCUUAAAUAAAGGUGAGAGGACUAGUCUGGAGAAAGAGGACAUCAUCCAAGGGAACGUCAGCAGGACUCUUCACCGUCUUCUCUCCAACUCGGGCGGAGAAGACUCUAGAAGGAUAAAGGUGGGAGACACGGAGAGGGGUAACGUCAGCUUUUACUCCACGUGCAUCGAGUCCGGCGCCUUGGACUACCUGAGACAGCUUCAGAGCGAAUCUGACGAAGUCGAGGAAAAGGCGGAGAAGGAGCACAUCAUCGGAGGCGACAUCGAAGAGACCAAGAUCUUGUUGCGGAGGAAUCAGCAGCAGAUUGGUCGCACCGUGGCGGAGGAAGAUAUAGUUCCCGGUGACGUAUACAGCACUGUUAAAGUCUUCAUGAUGGAGCCGGCUGUCAGCUACCGAAACCUGGAGUCAAAGGAUAUUGUUAAAGGUGACCUCAGCGCGGCCAUGGACUCGCUGACCCAAGCUAUCAAUCAGAAAGUGGUAAUGGAGAAAGAAGAAGUGGUGAAGGGAAACAUAAACACCACGCUGAGGUCUCUGGAGGAGGCCCAGCAUCAAGCCAAAGAAAUGGAAAAGCCGGAAAUAGUCAAGGGAGACAUCAGAGGUGCUCUCGAGUCACUGGAGAAAUCUGCAACCACUAAAACAGAAGUGACUGUGGAAGAUUUAGUGCCAGGAGACAUCAAAGGGACCCUGAAGUCCCUGGAGGAGGCGACGCAAACUGUGAAAGAAAUGGAAAAAGAGGAGGUCGUUAAGGGAGACAUCCACACCGCCAUGCUGAGUUUACACGAGGCGUCGAGCGAGAAAAAGAUUUACCAGCAUCAAGUGAGCGAACAAGGUGACGUUAAAGCCACGAUCCAGCUCUUGAUGGAGCCGACGGCGGCUUCGAAAAUGCAGCGCAGGGGAAGCAUCGAAGGAGACGUUAAGACGUCCAUAAAGUGUCUGUACGAAGGGCAGGAGUCGACACAGACGGAAAAAGAGGAGGUGGUAAAAGGGGACGUUCAAGGGGCGAUCAAGUGUCUAAUGGAAAGAAAACAGUAUUCAAAACCGAAACGUAUGUACGCGGCCAAGAGUAAGCAAGCAAAAGUGCCCAUGAAAAAUCCAUUAACUGUAAAGCAAAGGGAGCAUGAACAGGCACAUGAAGCUAAGAGUGAGAGUGUAGCAGACACUCCAGCCCCCGCUGUGAAAAACCUUUCUCAGAGCAGUGAAUCACAGACGCACACACAGAGGCACAUCGAGAGCAAAUCAGUGAAAACACAGGUAAUAACCCAAGAGGGCCACUCUGUUACUGAAGCCAAAGCAGACAAUACUGCUGGGGCCUCUCAACAGAAGAGCAUAAAGGAAGAGAAACAGAAAGCUCAGCCCCCGCAGAAAAUACAAGCUCCUAAGCCUAUUAUGAUAAAGAAUAAACAAACGACUAAUAAUGAACAAACAGAGACUAAAGCAGCUGAUGUGAAUGUGAUGAAAGACGUACAAAAGGCAUCACAGACAAGAAUAUCAAACAAGCAAAUAUGUGAAACCAAGACGAUCAAACAGGUGCAGACUACAGUGACGGAGAAAACUGUCACGCACAGGCAGAAUGUGACGGCGUCGGAGCAAACGUCGACGUCUCAAAAGCAAACGGAGAAUAAGGCUCUCGCACAAAAGCAGAGCGUCAGGAAUAUGAAGAGCGAUCACCGUAACCUUGAUGUGAAAGGGAAAGGUAUGAUCAAAAAGGCAAAACCGGAGAUCCACUUCCCCCCUCCUCCCUCUUCCCCACCUCCGCCCUCAGAGUCUGAGCUCUCCCUCCCUCCACCGCCGCCGCCGGUGCUGGAGAGCCCGGCGUUCCCCUCAUCGCGACCUUUCAACGCGAUGCAGGACGGCGACCUCCCGCCCCCACCUCCGCCACCUCCGCCCCCCGUAGAAUGCAUAAAGUCUGAGCCUGAAUUCUUCCCCCCUCCUCCUCCUCCUCCUCCUCCUCCGUCUGCACCCUCUGCAAGCGGACAGGAUUUUCUCCCUCCACCUCCCUCGCUGCAAGAGCUGAGUGCGAUGCCUCAGCCUCCCCCUGCAAAGUCGGGGAAACCCCUCGGCAGGCCUUUAUUCAAAGUGCCAAAGCAACCAGAAACGCAGAAGCCAACCAUACAAGUGAAACCCAAAUGGCAGAAAAAGCAACCGACUCCUCCACCACCUCCGGCUCCGGCUCCAACUCCAGCUCCGGUUCCGGCUCCAGUUCAGCUCCUUGCUGGUCAGGAAACAUCAAUGUCAACAGACCACAAAGAAGAGGUUAAAGUUCAGGAGGUGAAAAAGGAAACGUGCAAACAGAUUGAAACGUGCAAACAGAUCGAAACGUGCAAACAGAUUGAAACGUGCAAACAGAUUGAAACGUGCAAACGGAUUGAAACGAGCAAACCGAUCCAGUCUGAAUCGGCAGCAACGAAAAUACCAAGCGCCCCGGCAGUGAAACCGAUGCAGAGAGAGACCAAAAGGUUCGUCCCACCCAUCAAACUGCCCCCAUCUCCUGACCCUGCGCCAACCCCGAACCCGAGACCUUACGCCCGCAAGUUUAAAACCCCUCUCAUGCUCGCAGAGGAACGGUAUCGCCAACAGAGGAUGGAGAAAGAGGAAACGGAUCAGAGUAGAGUCACAACUCCCACUUCCCCACCGGUCAAUACCCCCCUCUCUGCCGCCAGUCCUGAGCUUUCUACAGCACACAGCGCCGAGAGAGAGGUGACGACGGAAGUGACGAGGGCAAAGGUCGAAGAAGCCGAGAGCAUUUCCAAAGAAGAAACAUUGGCACAACACCCACCUGCAAAGAAAACCCCUUCCCAGAUCCCUUUGAGCAAGCCCGUGAUCUCAGUGGUAAAUAAGAAAUUAGCCGCCGGAUCUUCAAAUGUGUCUGUGGAAAAAAUGCACUCCUCAGAAAAAACACUCACCUCAGCUGAUGCUGUUAAAAAGAGUCAAACCGCACACAAACAUCAGACCUCCUCUGUCUCUCAGUCUCACCACGAGGCCUCACAUAUCCAAGUCCAGUCAUGCUCGAACGUGGUCACUUCCUCCGUGGCGGAGCAGCAGCAGUUUAUUAAGAAAUCCAGCACCAGGUCUAUCACUGCCACACAGAGUGCUGUCCAGGAAAAUGUAAAUCUUCAAAGCCAGGCUGCGGUCACAUUGAAAGCUGAGGAUGUAAAGAAUAUUAAUGUGCCUCCGACACAGGAGGGAAAAAUGAGUCCUUCUCAACCCACUAAAAUUCCAAAGGUAACUCCGAGUUUCAAGGUGAAAACCUUUAAGAUGCCGACGGAGAAGAAAGAGGAAAAGUACGACAGCUCGGGACAAAAGGAUGUAAUGAAAAGUGAAAUGCAUUCACAGCAAGAGAAAAGUAGCGUGUCACGGACGAGCGAAACAAAUGUGAGUCAGGAAAACAUCCAGCUGACAUCAGCAAGAACUGAGAUGAAAACAGAAAUGAAAGUAAAGGAGAAGAAAAGUCAGGUGACCCCACCUGCGAAGGAAGUCGAGGUUCACACGAAAAAGGGAAAGCAGGUGCAAAAGAAGGAGGCUGAAGUGAAGCUGUCGCCGUCGGUUACGGCUUUAAUGCCUAAGGUGACCAAGAUAACAUCUGCAGCGACUCACCAAGGGCAAGGCCAUGUAUCUGUCACCCACAGUCAGCAGAGCAUGAAGGCAGAGCACAUUCAGAGACACGAGGAGGCGGCGGCGGUGGUGACGGAGAGGCAAGAGGCCGUUCAGAUGCAGACGCAGCAAGUAAAGCAACGAGCAGUGGAAACAAAUAAAACGCAGAUAAAGGUGGGGAAGGCGAGAGGUGAGACGAAAUGCGCGUCUGUGAAAGCGACGGGGAAAACGGGCCAGAAGGACGAGGCUCAUUCAGAAGAAAUCACAGAUUUAGAGAGAUGUAAUGCGAUGCAGAGGCUGCUCGCUCAAAUGAAAGAGCUGGAGGGCACGCCGAGCAAAAUAGACUCCAACGCUGUCAGGAUGAUUAUAAGCGAGCUCCCUGAGUGGGUGACGGGCGCGGAUGAGAAGAAAAAUUUAAGCGAAAUAGCUAAACAGCAAAGUAAGAAAAAGUUGAAAGAGUUGAUGGCCUAUGUGAGGAACAUCGUUCACACAAAGAUCACGUUCCUGGAGCAGAACUCGACAGCUGUGGAAAAGCAGGGAGAAGAAGAGAAAGAGGAACCGCCGGCGCCACCAGUUCUCCCGAAACCAGACAAGAGGGUUUUCAGCGGCGCAUCCGCCAAGAUGUUCGGCUUCUCCAAAACUGAGAAGAAAGUGGUGGAAGAGAAGAUGUCGCAUCAGGAGCUGAGGGAGGGGUCCUCUCCGUUGGCGAGCAUCCGCACCCCCUCACCCACCUUCAUCAGCAUUGAAUCGAGGAGGGUGGACUCGCCGCGCAGAGUGACGCCGUCUCCUCCGCCUUACAAAUCCGUGGGGACGCCGCCGCCCCCUCCUCGCAAGUCGCACACGCCCACGUCCACCCUCAGCAGGGCCACGCCGUCUCCCACCAUGAGCCGCUCGGAGAAGCUGAUGAAGCUGAGGGACUCCACAUCCAAGCUCUCCGGCGGCGUCACCCCUCCUCCUCCUCCUCCUCCUCCUCCUCCCGCGCCGGUACCCGAGAGUUUGGCGGCUGAAAGAGAGCAACCGUCCCCGUUCAGCGACGGCGAGACUCUGGUGGAGCAGCCCGAGCAGGGGUCGGUGGAUGUCGCAGAAGUGGGUGACUCCAUGAUGACCGUCAAGGACAAAAAGUCUUUCUUCGAGGAGGCGCAGAGGGCUGAGGUGAACAGGACGUACAUGCGGAGGGAUCCCAUCGAUAUCCCCGAACGUCUCGGGGCUGAGGCCGAGGAAGGCGCCGAGGUCGUGACCUUAGAUCUUCUGAAAGAGGAUCUCCCGAGGGUCGACCUGUCGAAGCUGGUGAACAGAUUCGAGUCUCCCAAGCCAAAAGUUUACUCCAGGAAGGAGCCGAUUGUGAUCACAGAGAGGCUGGGGAGCGACACGGAGGACGCAGAGGUCGACCCUCACGCUCAGAGGACCGAUGAAAUCCCUAUGUUCAAAGUCAAAGCGAUAAAGGAUGUGUUCGAGACGGGAGAGCACAGUUCUCAGGCCGCCCGCGAGCUGAGAGAACAGAUAGAACGAAGGGAGUCUGAGUCGGCCCGCUCGGAGCCGGCGGGUCACUCCGAGACGACGCUGGUCACCGAGCAAUUCUGCAGCGUCGACGACUUUGGAAACGUGACCACGGAGACGAUGAGCGAGACGCGCUCGGGGAGCUCCCUGACCCGCGGUAACCCCCCGUCCUACGCCGACGUGGUGAGAGGCAGCGUCCCGACGGUGGCCGUGCCCCCCGAGGCCACCACCGAGGAACUGCUGAGGAGCUUCCAGCAGUCGUGGGCCGAGAGCCAGGGAGUUUUCCAGAACCUGGGCUUCAGCGUCACGGAGCAGAGGAGCUCGCAGAUCGUAACGCAUCAGCACGAGACUGUCGUGACGGAAAAUUCGAAUUCCAGAUUGCGAACUGUGCAGGGUGUGUCGGAAGAGGGUGUACCCCAUGGAGUCGCUGAUCGCAGACAAACAAAACUUCCAUAAAAGCUGCUUCCGCUGUGAACACUGCAGAGGCAAACUAAGUCUUGGCAACUACGCCUCUCUCCAUGGACGGAUGUACUGCAAACCACACUUCAAGCAACUGUUCAAGUCCAAAGGAAAUUACGACGAGGGAUUUGGACAGAAACCACACAAAGAACAAUGGACUAAUAAAACUCAGCAG